CUCGCUUUUCCCUUUGUUUACUAUCAAUAAAGAUAUCAAAUUCAAUGACAAAAAACUCUUGAAACACUCCUUCAUGUGUAUAAAAAUUUAUUUGCUCUGGAAGCUUCUGAUAUCAGAUGGGGAUGUUAAACGCAAGUUUUCCGCUUCUCCGCGAGAGUUUCCCGCCAUGACCUAUAGAAUACCGCUGUACGCCAUCGAUGCAUAACAUGAAUAGGAGGAAACUUAGAACUCCACAAAAGAAACACUAGAAACCAUAUAGGACAAACAGGAAUUCUAGCUUCUGAUCCCCGAGAAGAGUGACAGGUACAGAAUACAGAAUACUAGUAUUCCCUCUUACAACAAACCCGGCAUCACGUGGGCCCUUAUCGGGAAGUACGCCGAGUAUGGGGAAUCAGCCCACUGACUGGACCCUCCGCAGGUACCAUCAUUUACCUCUCGACUUGCUACUAUACGACAACACUCAACUCUCGUGCAACCAUUGAACAUUUCAUGCCCCCCCGUCAACUAAUAAUUCAAUGAACAAAAUGACAACACCAACAUUCUUAUCCCCGAAGCACAAUUCCGGGGAGGAUCUAACAUCUGACCCUCUUCUCCUCACUAUCCGCUUCUCAGCCUCAAUCCCCGAUCUUCCACUCGAUGUUCUAUACCCCGAAACAGCCACAUCAGCAGGCCUAAAACAACUAAUCCGCACCCGACUCCCACCAAACCUCUCCUCCCAUCGUCUCCGAUUGAUCUACGCCGGCCGCGGUCUCGAAGACACCAUCCCACUUUCCGUCUCCCUGAAACUACCCCCCUCACCCUCCCGCUCACCCAGAUUACCUUCCGACGAUGAAGACACCGAUCCCUCAAAGGCAAAGGGAAAGGGCAAAGCGCCCGUCCGAGAACAACCCCGUCUGUACAUCCAUUGUUCGAUAGGCGAUAUCGUCCUUUCCGCUACAGAUUUAGCGACAGAAGCAUCGUUGGCAUCUACACUCCAGCAAGAGGAUCAGACACAGAAAGAUGGUGAUCAGUCAAAUCUGCAGAGUCAGCAGCAGCAGCAGCAGACUUCCUCGACGACGCCUGCGCCCCGUGGUUUUGACCGGUUGUUGUCAGCGGGGUUUACCCCUGCUGAAGUGUCGGCGCUGCGGUCGCAGUUUAUGGCUAUCCAGUCCGUGUCGCGAACGCCAGACACCAUGCCGAGUGGGGCGGAGUUGCGGGAGCUUGAGGAUCGGUGGAUGGACGAGGGUUCGUCGGCAAUGGCAGCUGGGGCUGGAGGGGCUGGAGAGGGAGCGGGUUUCACGGAUGAUGAUGGGGGAUUUGGGUCGGGGUCGCGAGGGGCUAUGGAUGAUAUGCUUUGGGGCGCUGUCAUGGGUUUCUUUUGGCCAGUGGGGUGUGCGAUGUGGUUGAGGCGGGAGGAGGGCGUCUGGAGCUGGCGAAAGGGUUUGGCAGUGUUUGUUGGGGUGGUUGUCAAUCUCGCAUUUGGGACAAUGCGUAUCAUGAACUGAUACUAGGUGGUGUUUCUUGCGUUUGAAUUUCGCCCUUCUGCUUCUCGUUAUGUGCUAAUGAUACCCCGAAGUUUUGUUCUUGCUUUUAAUAAAACAGGCCAAUUAAGUCGUUGAGUUGUACCAAAACUACAA